CCACUCGCGCCCGCCCCCGACCGCGGAGCCCUUGCAGCCAUGAGGGAACAGCUCAAAGGCCACGAGACCCAAACAACUUGCUGGGACCAUCCCAAAAUGACAGAACUCUACCAGUCUUUAGCUGACCUGAAUAAUGUCAGGUUCUCAGCUUAUAGGACUGCCAUGAAACUUCGAAGACUGCAGAAGGCCCUUUGCUUGGAUCUCUUGAGUCUGUCAGCUGCAUGUGAUGCCUUGGACCAGCACAACCUCAAGCAAAAUGACCAGCCCAUGGAUAUCCUGCAGAUCAUUAAUUGUUUGACUACUAUUUAUGAUCGCCUGGAGCAAGAGCACAACAAUUUGGUCAACGUCCCUCUCUGUGUGGAUAUGUGUCUCAACUGGCUGCUGAAUGUUUAUGAUACGGGACGAACAGGGAGGAUCCGCGUCCUGUCUUUUAAAACUGGCAUCAUUUCUCUGUGUAAAGCACAUUUGGAAGACAAGUACAGAUACCUUUUCAAGCAAGUGGCAAGUUCAACAGGAUUUUGUGACCAGCGCAGGCUGGGCCUACUUCUGCAUGAUUCUAUCCAAAUCCCAAGACAGCUGGGUGAAGUUGCAUCCUUUGGGGGCAGUAAUAUUGAACCAAGUGUCAGGAGCUGCUUCCAGUUUGCUAAUAAUAAGCCCGAGAUUGAAGCAGCCCUCUUCCUAGAUUGGAUGAGACUGGAACCCCAGUCCAUGGUGUGGCUGCCCGUCCUGCACAGAGUGGCUGCUGCGGAAACUGCCAAGCAUCAGGCCAAAUGUAACAUCUGCAAGGAGUGUCCCAUCAUUGGAUUCAGGUAUAGGAGUCUAAAGCACUUUAAUUAUGACAUCUGCCAAAGCUGCUUUUUUUCUGGUCGAGUUGCAAAAGGCCAUAAAAUGCACUAUCCCAUGGUGGAAUAUUGCACUCCGACUACAUCUGGAGAAGAUGUUCGAGACUUUGCCAAGGUACUAAAAAACAAAUUUCGAACCAAAAGGUAUUUUGCGAAGCAUCCCCGAAUGGGCUACCUGCCAGUGCAGACUGUCUUAGAGGGGGACAACAUGGAAACUCCCGUUACUCUGAUCAACUUCUGGCCGGUAGAUUCUGCGCCUGCCUCGUCCCCUCAGCUUUCACACGAUGAUACUCAUUCACGCAUUGAACAUUAUGCUAGCAGGCUAGCAGAAAUGGAAAACAGCAAUGGAUCUUAUCUAAAUGAUAGCAUCUCUCCUAAUGAGAGCAUAGAUGAUGAACAUUUGUUAAUCCAGCAUUACUGCCAAAGUUUGAACCAGGACUCCCCCCUGAGCCAGCCUCGUAGUCCUGCCCAGAUCUUGAUUUCCUUAGAGAGUGAGGAAAGAGGGGAGCUAGAGAGAAUCCUAGCAGAUCUUGAGGAAGAAAACAGGAACCUGCAAGCAGAAUAUGAUCGUCUAAAGCAACAGCAUGAACAUAAAGGCCUGUCCCCACUGCCAUCCCCUCCAGAAAUGAUGCCCACCUCUCCCCAGAGUCCCCGGGAUGCUGAGCUCAUUGCUGAGGCCAAGCUACUGCGUCAACACAAAGGGCGCCUGGAAGCCAGGAUGCAAAUCCUGGAAGACCACAAUAAACAGCUGGAGUCACAGUUACAUAGGCUAAGGCAGCUGCUGGAGCAACCCCAGGCAGAGGCCAAGGUGAAUGGUACGACGGUGUCCUCUCCUUCCACCUCUCUACAGAGGUCCGACAGCAGUCAGCCUAUGCUGCUCCGAGUGGUUGGCAGUCAAACUUCAGAAUCCAUGGGCGAGGAAGAUCUUCUUAGUCCUCCCCAGGACACAAGCACAGGGUUAGAGGAGGUGAUGGAGCAACUCAACAACUCCUUCCCUAGUUCAAGAGGAAGAAAUACCCCUGGAAAGCCAAUGAGAGAGGACACAAUGUAGGAAGCCUUUUCCACAUGGCAGAUGAUUUGGGCAGAGCGAUGGAGUCCUUAGUAUCAGUCAUGACAGAUGAAGAAGGAACAGAAUAAAUGUUUUACAACUCCUGAAUCCCGCAUGGUUUUUAUAAUAUUCAUACAACAAAGAGGAUUAGACAGUAAGAGUUUACAAGAAAUAAAAUCUAUAUUUUUGUGAAGGGUAGUGGUACUAUACUGUAGAUUUCAGUAGUUUCUAAGUCUGUUAUUGUUUUGUUAACAAUGGCAGGUUUUACACGUCUAUGCAAUUGUACAAAAAAAGUUAUAAGAAAACUACAUGUAAAAUCUUGAUAGCUAAAUAACUUGCCAUUUCUUUAUAUGGAACGCAUUUUGGGUUGUUUAAAAAUUUAUAACAGUUAUAAAGAAAGAUUGUAAACUAAAGUGUGCUUUAUAAAAAAAAAAAGUUGUUUAUAAAAACCCCUAAAAACAAACACACACACACACACACACACACACACACACACACACACACACACACAAAUUUUGAGGCAGCGCAUUGUUUUGCAUCCUUUGAGUGUGAUAUCCAUAUGGAAUUCAUGACUUUUUUUUUUCUUUUCUUACAUAUUAAAGAUAGGACUUCCUCUAACAUCACCAAAUGAUUACUUCACAUUGCUCUUUUUGGGAAUUAUUGACUGAGUGGGGCUGGCUGUGAGUUUUCACUUUAUAUAUCUAUAAGUAUAUAAGUACUGUAGGUAUAUAGAUAAGUAGAUAUGAAUUUCUAUAGACCUUUUACAUUUUUCUUCAAAUGUUCUUGUCACUUUAUAAUGGAAAGAAAUUGCUUCUGGUCAUCCAGGCUUACCUGCGUGGUCUAGAAUGAAUUUUCUCUGGAGCCUGAAGCCAGGAGGAAACUACCACACUGAAAUAUUGUCUACGGCUCCAGAUGUUUCUCAUUUCAAACUUUCACUGACAACUAGCGUAUUGAAUUUUUUAAAGGGAACAUGUGAAUGAAUACACAAGACUUAUUAUAUCAGAGUAAUCCGUUGGUUGAUAUAUUCAGCUUCAUGCUACUGGCAAUGCCACGAUUUUAGAUUUAAUGAUACUUCAGUGGAAAUUGGCACCAGAAGGUAUUUUUUAACUCCCAAACAGUAGGAGAACAUUGGUACGGCUGGAGGGCUAUGGAUUCCCAGCUGAUCCCUGUGAGGGAGCAGAUCACUCUUUAAAUAAAGGAUUAGAUGAAUGUUCAUAACCACACAUAGAGAUCUCUGUAAUCACAACUAAAUUAUUCUGCCCUCUUCUCAUAGUCAAAGGGAAGUUUUGUUUCUGUUGGUGUUUUUUAGAUUUUUUUCCAUUGUGAUGAGUUUUUAAAUGCCACAAGACUUAAUUUAAAAUAACCCACAGGAGCCGGGCGCUGUGGCUCAAACCUGGAAUCCCAGCACUUUGGGAGGCAGAGGCAAGAGGAUUGCCUGA